GCCCCCGCUGCUGCCUUGACUACCAGAUUCCACAGGUAGCAGUGGCGCUACGGAGGCCGGGUGGCCCGAAGAGGGAAACCAGUGAAAUGGAGUAGUAUGCACUGGAGCCAUACAGAAUCUGCAGGAAGACCCUCGGGGGAGUCGUCUGAGAAAAAAAGAAUAUUUCAACUCUCCAAGUUCUUCCUUUACAUAGCUGUUAAAUCCAAGGCAACUGUGUCGAAAACAUGAGUGAUGAUACAGCUUCUGCCGGAUCAUCUAGCCCACUUGAAAGGGAUCCUGCCUUUCGGGUGAUUACGGUUACUAAGGAAACGGGUCUAGGUCUGAAGAUCCUAGGCGGAAUUAACAGGAAUGAAGGACCGCUGGUGUAUAUUCACGAAGUCAUUCCUGGAGGUGACUGUUACAAGGAUGGACGUUUGAAGCCAGGAGAUCAACUUGUCUCAAUAAACAAGGAAUCUAUGAUUGGUGUAUCAUUUGAAGAAGCAAAAAGCAUAAUUACCAGAGCCAAGUUGAGGUCAGAAUCUCCUUGGGAGAUAGCAUUCAUCAGACAAAAGUCUUACUGUGGCCAUCCAGGAAAUAUUUGCUGUCCAUCCCCACAAGUGUCAGACGACUGUGGACCUCAAACCUCAACAUUUAAUCUUCUUUCCUCUCCCUCUGAAACACUACUUCCGAAGACUUCAUCCACUCCCCAGACUCGGGACUCCACUUUCCCUUCUUGUAAAGCAAUUCAGACAAAACCUGAACACAAUGAAACAGAACAUAGUCCAAUUACUUCUUUGGACAACAGCCCUGCAGAUACAUCUAAUGCAGACAUUGCUCCAGCCUGGACUGAUGAUGAUUCUGGACCACAAGGAAAGAUUUCCCUAAAUCCUUCUGUUCGCCUUAAGGCAGAGAAACUGGAAAUGGCUCUCAAUUACCUUGGUAUACAGCCAACAAAGGAACAACGUGAAGCCCUGAGAGAGCAAGUCCAGGCCGACUCGAAGGGGACUGUGUCUUUUGGAGAUUUCGUCCAGGUUGCCAGGAAUUUGUUUUGCUUGCAGUUGGAUGAAGUAAAUGUCGGUGUCCAUGAGAUCCCCAGCAUCUUACACUCACAGCUUCUCCCCUGUGAUUCUCUAGAAGCAGAUGAAGUGGGAAAACUUAGACAAGAAAGAAACGCUGCUCUAGAGGAACGGGAUGUGCUUAAGGAGAAGUUACUGGAAUCGGAAAAGCACAGGAAACAAUUGAUAGAAGAACUCCAGAAUGUGAAACAGGAAGCCAAAGCUGUAGCUGAGGAAACCCGAGCUCUGCGAAGCCGGAUUCAUCUUGCCGAAGCUGCACAGCGGCAGGCACACGGGAUGGAAAUGGAUUAUGAAGAGGUGAUCCAUCUGCUCGAGGCUGAGGUCUCAGAGCUAAAGGCUCAGCUCGCUGAUUAUUCUGACCAAAAUAAAGAAAGUGUCCAGGACUUGAGAAAAAGAGUCACCGUUCUUGACUGCCAACUGCGAAAAUCAGAAAUGGCUCGGAAAGCCUUCAAGGCGUCCACUGAGAGGCUCCUCGGUUUCAUAGAGGCUAUUCAAGAAGUUCUUUUGGAUAGUUCUGCUCCUUUAUCAACUUUAAGUGAAAGAAGAGCUGUGCUCGCAUCUCAGACUUCACUUCCACUGCUGGCAAGGAACGGACGCAGCUUCCCAGCAACCCUGCUUCUGGAAUCCAAGGAGCUUGUCAGAUCUGUUCGUGCCAUACUUGAUAUGGACUGCUUACCUUACGGGUGGGAGGAAGCUUACACAGCAGAUGGAAUCAAGUACUUCAUCAACCAUGUGACACAGACCACAUCCUGGAUCCACCCUGUGAUGAGCGUCCUGAACCUGUCCUGCGCAGAGGAAAGUGAAGAAGACUGUCCCAGAGAGCUAACAGACCCGAAAAGCUGAUGGGUUUCCAUGGGAAAUGGAGCAGCAGAGUCCUCUGGCUUCUCAGUCCAUGUCAACAACCAGACACAAGCCACCACACCCCGAGACACAGGAAUCCAGCAUGUGCACCAGGCAGGGUGUCAAGUUGCAAGUGUGGUAUUUUCGUGUGCAUGUUAAAGAUCAGUUGCCACUACAGUAGUUUUUUUUUUUUUUUUUUGAAAUAAUCUAGUUGCAUUUAUUGAAGUCAUUUAUAGUCAGAUUUUAUAUACAUAAACCUUCUUAUUUACAAUUAGAUCUUUAUAACUCAGUAUGUUAGUUCAUUGUUUGGUAUGACAUACAAUGGUUUGUAUACCAACACUUCAUAUUGAAAAGUUAUACAAACAUAGCAAACUCCUUUUUAUAACUCCCCCUCUCUACCCACAGCUUGGGAAAAAUGUUCUGAGAAAGCAAGGGGAGGCUGCCGCACAGCUGUCCCGCUAGCUGCUGACUACAACUUGUACCAAAUAGGACACCACCUAACUUAUUAGGACACAUCUAUCAUUUAUAAAGUGCUUUCAAGCCAGUCAGUGGUGGUGUACACCUUUAAUCCCAGCACUUGGGAGGCAGAGGCAGGCGGAUUUCUGAGUUCGAGGCCAGCCUGGCCUACAAAGUGAGUUCCAGGACAGCCAGGGCUACACAGAGAAACCCUGUCUCGAAAAACAAAAAAAAAAAAAAAAAUGCUUUCAAACCUCAUCUUACUUAAACCAAACAGCAUAGAUUUUGAGCUGAUCUACAGGGAAGGGAAGUUCUACUCAUGGCUUCAGCUGGAGAAACAGUGGUUCAGAGAGACAGAGCACCCCAUCCCAGGGAUGAGACUCACACCUUAUCUUCUGAUUCUGUGUCCAGGCUUCUUUGUCCUGCUCCCUACAGAGGGAGAUUGCAACCCAGCAGAGCAUCUACAGUCUGUUGAUGCAGCUGGGUCCACAGCUGUGCAUUCCACAGCAGUCCAGAGGACACCUCAGAGUCAUGACCCCACUCUCUUCCUUCUGCGGCCCCAACCCCCACCACCACCACCACCACCACCACCACACCAAGCAGGACACUGCUCUGUGACUUUUCAAUGGGCUUUAUAUUUUCUAGACUAGAGACACUGGCUCAUGGCCAUGCUUGGGUGCCAUGAGCCAGUAGGAGUAUCUAAGGAGAGCUGACAGGAGAAAGGUAUCUAUUUAAACACUGCUGGAGCGCUUGUAAAAGGAUGGAGGCCAGGAGCCAAGCAAAGCAGCGCAGCAUCACUUAGGCAAGCAUAGAGCUCCCAAGAACACAGUGCAAGAACCUUCACUCAGAGCCACUUUAUAAGUAAGUCACGGAGUUCCUGCAGUGGAGCAGCACCUGUGUCAGCAUCAGACACUAGCUCCUUACAUUUUCUGCUGAGUUUUACCUGGUAUAUGGAAUGCAUAUGGAGAAUACACAUGGGCAUCGUGCUCACCCAUACCUCUCUGAAUACAUUUAAGAUGUAGGAUUUAAGUUGAAUGCACUUAGGAUUCAUGUUUUCCUUCAUGAGGAAGAACAUAAAGUCAAAUACAGACUGACAAGGAGACUCAAACCCUAAGAACAACAGAAUGGCUGGAGCAAAUGUAUGUCUCCUCACAGCUGUUUGGAUCUUAGGAUGCUUCCAGGAGCAGGGUAGGGGGAGGUGGCUUUGAGAGCAGCUGCAGAAGGAGCUGUUUCAAGUCCCAGAGAGGUGUAAACAGGCACUCACACACUUUUAUAAGACAGUGUCUAUGCUGUGAACCAGCACACUCCUGUUAGGAGAUCAUCCUCCUGCCCCGAGUUGGAGAGUGUCCUCAGUUGUUUGUAAGGGAAGCUGAGAUGGGCUCCUGAAGCAUGCGGUCUCUAAUCUGUAUGUGUGCAUGUGUGUGUGGCACUCACAACCUCUCUGCUGCUUGAUAUCAAGUCCCUCCGUAUUUCUACCAAAUACAUAAUCAAAAAGAUCUAUAAAACACAUAGCUCUAUGUACUGAGCACUCUAUAACAUACAUUUCAGUAUACAAUGAACAUCUUUUGGAAGGUCUUUUGGGAUAGCCACUCUCUGUGUAUACCACCCUUACCUUGAGUUCACAAUCCCCCUGCCUCAGCCUCCCAAGUACUGGUAUUUCAGCAACAAGUACCUUCUUGAAGGUACCCAAAAUGAUUCCAAUUUUAUGAAGAAGCUGAGGUUUAGAGAGAAGUGGUCCCAAGGAUCCCACCAUGCCUAUGUGUUGAUGCUGGACCUGAGGCAAGUCUUAGACCCCAGGGCUUCCUUAAACCAGUGGGUAGAGCCUCCUGGAUUUAGUCAGCCCUGCAGGACUCCAGCUUACAGUCAUGAAGAACUUCCCAAUUUGUAAGAAAGGGAUUCUCCAGGAGAAAAUAGCAUUCCAUCAGGUUCCUGUGUAACUGAGCAUCUCAUGUGAAUGCAGCUAAGGAGGUUGAGCCUCUGAAUUAGCUGAAUCAGGUGAACACUCAUUGAGAACUCCUCUUUAGUCCCUAUGACCUCCAGACCCACAGAUAAAGGACAGAUGCUCAGAGAAUCUUAAGAAGAGGACUUGUGUGAGUACUUUCCUGAUGCAGACAGAACCCUGGGUUGAUAUUCUUUAAUUUAUCCCUAUUACUGUCUACAUCCAUGGGAACUGCCUCUCCGCUGACCCAGCCACUCAAAUGCUGGGCUAUAGGAACGGGAUGUGGUUACCUCCCUCCCAGAGCAUGGUCCAGUGGCCUUGGACAUCAGUUGUGCUGCAAGCCUCACUUCCUAGCGUGACAAGGGACGGCCUGGCUGUCCUCACUCAUGUGUUCCCUUGGGAUGCUCAGUAACUACCAGCGGUGUGAGCAGCACUCUCGUCACCAGGGCAAAGCAGAGCUACAGCUAACCAUUUCAAAAUAAAAAUGAUCUUGAAAGUCAGAAUUAGUUAACUUCUAAAUUUUAAAAAUCAUUUAUUUUCCUUUCAAAAAUGAGAUCAAAGUUCUGUAGAAAUAAAUCGAGUUAGAUACAUAGCCCAUCUAACUUUCUGGAAGCUGCCGUCACCAAUAUCUCAGUAAAUAUUUUCCCUUAAGGGUAAGCCUGCCACCCUUAAACAGCUCCCCCUUGAAUUAGUAUGUUGUGGUCAUCUUUUCAUAGCGAUAUACACAUUCUGUUGCAUUUUAAGUGUCUGCUUAAGCUAUCACUUCCCAAAAUAUCCUUCACCAGUUGUUCAGCAACUCAUUAAAGAAAUCUUAAAGACACUGUACAGUCUUUCCUGUAACAGUGUCAUGGCGAGCAUUUGUGUAUUUAUUAAAACCUUUUCUUCAAGAACCCCUGCACUCAAACACGAGCGUCUGUAGAGUGAAUACUUUUGAAAGCCACUGUGUCAGAGUACAAAGUUUUGUCACUGAACAAAGAGCUUCUCCAUCCCUGCCUAAAAACCUGGAUUUUUUUUGUUUUAAAUUGGAUAUUUUCUUUAUUUACAUUUCAAAUGUAAAGCUGGAUGUUUUAAUCAUUGGGUUUUAUCAUCUCUUUAGCAUCAGAGACUGGCUUGCUGUGUGGGGCAGAGUCUGGCAGUGACUAAUUCAGUGUUCCGCACAUGGCAUUCCUCUCAGUGCGCUCUACUUUACAUGUAAUGAUAAGGACUUGCUUCUAAAUUAGCAGAGAGAGCAGAGGCAUGCAUACAGUGCACGCACCAUUUCUCCAUCUGUGGAACAGUGGCAUACGUCCCUGUGCCCACACAAGGCAACUCAGCAUGCAUCACCUGAGCACCUACUAAGUGCCUGACCAUGCAAAGUAUUAAAAUUGUGAACAGUACAAAUUUCAAAGUCAAAGAGUUCAAUGUCUUAAUAUUUCUACACACACACACACACACACACACACUCAAACACCAACGAUUGGUUUUCUGUACAGGAUAAGAAUUUAAGGAUUUAUUUCCUAAGAACUCCUUAAAUUUGAAUAAUUAUGGAAAAUAUUAACCCCCCCACACACACACACCUUGGCUAGAAAUGGAGAAGAAGGAACGUGCUGGAAGAAGAGGCUAUCCAAUAACAAAUGAAAGGCAGCUGUCAAAAUAGACUCAAACAGCACACUCAUAAACUGCUUGCGCAAUCAGAAAAUAUUAUCCUUUUUCUAGGGAGAAAUAGGACAUUUCUCUACGGUAAGCAAAAUGUAACUUUUUGAAGGGUCAACACUCUUGACAUUUUUAUGAUACUCAUACA